UCGUGUGAAAUAUUCGGACAACGCCCACCCAUAUCAUAACAAUCUCUACAAUUAUGGAAGUUUCCACCAGAGCAGUUCGUGCAUUGAUAGCAGGUGCUAUUUUCCCAGAUGCCGAACGUGCAGAUGUCGCACCAAAUGGAAGACGAAUCACGAAACGCGGAGUCCGCCUCUACAGUCAUUUCAUACUCGUCUGCCUGUCUCGCGUCUCGAGCCUCACGAUCGUCUAAAACCUGGACAAUUUCAGAGUGACCUCGUCGUCUGGCCCACCAGAGGGAUGUCCUCCCGAAAGAGUCUUGACCGUCUGUCUCAAUACCUUGUAUUGUCAAUAGAAAAUGCGACAACAUUUGCGUGACCCUUCCUAGCUGCUGCUGACAGGGGUGUGACGUUGUAAUAAUUUGCAAUUGAGUCGUCGGCCCCCUUCUCAAGAAGCGACUUGACUACAUCGACAUGGCCGCUAUCUGAGGCCAAGUUGAGUGGUGUCACUCCAUUAUUGUUC